AAGUGAGACGGAACAGGUAGAGGGAGAUGGAUGUAGGGAACAAGGGAUGUAAAUACUAAAGAAAUAGUGCACGACUAAAGAGAAAUGUAUGUAAGAGGUGGACGAGGCGAGCAGCGGAGGGUGGGAGGCAGUGUUGGAUGUUCAGAGUGAAGGAGAGAGUGGGAGGGGAGUUCAGGAGGGAGGCAACAAGGAUACAGUGUAAAGAGAAGGAGGGAGGGGGUGAGAGAGAGAGAAAGGGCUUGAUUAUGGAGGAAUGUGUCUGUGUUCAUAGUAUGGGAGAUGGGACGGACUGAUUGCACCACACCAGGUGUUGAAGAGGGGUGAGAAGGGGAACAGCAACAAAAGCAGACAUUUCUCUCUUUCUCUCCACACCAGCAGUGAUAACUAGUAUCCGGCUGGAAGUGGUCUGUCCACAGUGAUCCACACAGCUUUGGGGGAACAGAGCAGCAGCGGCAGUGACUGUGACCGAGGGGGCAGGCAGACUAUAAUGGAGAUGGAGCUACUGAUAGCACUUCUCUGGGGUCAUGAGUCAGUUCUUCCCCUCACUUCUGUGUAACUUGACCACCUGGAUUUCAGCCCCCGCCCUCCCGUCACCUAUGCCUGCAGGACCAUGGGCAGUGUCAGUAGCCUCGUCAACGGCAACAGCCUCAACAGCAAACACUGCAAGGCGUCUGAACACAGGUUAAAGAAGGGAGCAAAUCCUCACAGAAAGAGCGGAGGUUGCAGCCUUGAUGAGUUACUGAAGUGUGGCUUCACUCAGGGCUCCUCAUCCACUGCUCAACCUUCUAAAGUUCUGUCACACUCCCGGUCGGGUCGAAGUGAAGAUUUCUUUUACAUCAAGGUGAGCCAUAAACCGAGGUCAGUGUACCACAGAGGAGGAUCAAUGGAAGAGCGUGCAGGUGGAAAGAACAGAGAUGGGGAAUCAGACGGGCGACUGCAACCAAAGCUGCUGCUCAUGUCAGGAAAAAAGACUGAAAGGACCUCAGCUGAGAAGUCAUUGGUCCGUUCCACUGCCUUCAAGCCUGUGAUUCCCAAGAGUAUAUCCUCCACAGAGACAGGCCACAACAACCUGGACAUCCUUUGUCCUCUGGAGAAAGCAAGGAGUCCAGAUAUUAGACACAAGCAAGACACCUUCUCAGGGACUCUGUCCGACUCUGGACGUAACUCAAUGUCUAGCCUGCCUACCCACAGCACCAGCGGCAGCCUAAGUGCUUCCACGGGCCCCGUCAGUCACAGCGAUGGCAGCUCAGCUCCCACAAACAGCCUCAGCAAGGGAGCUCAACCCAAUUUCCCUCCAUGGGUCAACGGGAAUAGCACUAACCUUGACUGUAGCUACAGGGCUGAUUUCAACAGUGGAGGGUUGGCAUCUAAGGCUAAUGGGGAUGCCGGCUCCCCACUUUCUGCAGAUGAGCCAAGCGCUCUCUCUGAGACUGCAGGUGGGAUCCGGUCCCCCAUUACAACAGAUGAGUCACUGAUUGAACGUUUGGAACAAAGGCUGCUGGAGAGAGAGACUGAGCUGCAGGAGCUACAGGUGAGUUUUGAAGACAAGGAAGUAGACACCUGCCAGCUGUUUGAGGAGAGACAAAGGUACUGCUCGGAGGAGAUGGAGGGGCUGAAGCAGCGAUGCUCCACAAGGUUACGGCAAGUGUCCCAAAUGGCUGCGAAAACCCAGCAAGUGCUCCAGCUGCAUGUCAGCCAACUCCAGGUGGAGAAGGAGAGGCUUCAGGAGGAUGUCUCAAAGCUAAGCCGAGAGAAGGAUCUUGUUGAGCUCAGACUGAGGUCUUAUGCGGCAGAGAGCACACAGCUCGCUCCGACACUCGAGGAAACUCAAUGGGAGGUGUGCCAGAAGACAGGGGAGAUCUCACUGCUGAAGCUGCAGCUGAGAGACAGCAAGGCAGAAGUCAACCAUAAGCUCAACGAUAUAGUCUGCCUCAGAGCGUCACUGAAGGAAAACACAGCAAAGAUGGAGACGCUCGAGAGACAGAAUAAAGACCACGAGGACAAACUCCACUCUCGCACCAUAGAGGUUGAGGUGUGCCAAAAUGAACUUCAGCGAAAGAAGAAUGAGGCCGAUUUGCUGAGAGAGAAAGUGGGCAAACUGGAGAAAGACAUUCAGGGAAUGAAACAGGAUCUGGCCGUAGCCAAAGAGCGGAGGCUGCAGCACAGUUUGCAACUCGAGGCCCGUGCCCAGACUCAGGCCCUGGAAAGACUGAUCCAAGCCCCAGACUCCCGCGCCGAGGACCAGGUGGAGGAGAACAGCGGAAACAUGGCCACAGGAUCACUCCAGAGAGAAGUGGAGAGACUGAAGCAGCAGCUCAGGGAGGAGAAGGACGCACAGGAGAGGCUGGCCAGCACCUUUGAGCAGGAGAAGCUAACGUGGAACAAGGAGAAAGACCGGGUCAUCAAGUACCAGAAGCAGCUCCAGGUCAACUACCUGCAGGUGCACAAGAAGAACCAGGACCUGGAGAGGAUCCUGAAGGAGCUGACCGCCGAAAUGGAGAGCCGGACGGAGCUCGGCAUGGACAUCAACUACAGUUCAGGGUUACAGACGUACGACGACGUUAUUGCCACAGAGAUUUGAUGGGAGCACUCACACAUGUUCAGUAACAGUGAACUUGAAUUUUUUUUCACCACAGAUAUUUAUGAUAUUAUAACAGCUGAAGAUCAGUCACUGGUAUUUAGUGUUUUACAAGGGUUAUUUAAUAGAAUGUGCUGUAUUUUGUGUCCAGGUCACAAAGAAAUGUGCUAGAUGACACUGUUAGUACUUGUUUAAAAGUAAGUUAUUUAAUGUUCAAAUGAGAAUAUUUUUUUUUUACCAUGCUGUCUAACAGUAUCACUCAUUGUUCAAAUCAUGCAACACGUUUGUAGUUUAAACACCAUUUAUUAUUGGUUGUUCAUUGAUAGAUGAUGAUUAAUGUCUGGUGGUAACACAUGAUAGCAUGAUAGUGGCUUAACAUCUGUCCCUUCCAGCAUGGCAAAUGACAGUGAUGUAUCAUCCGUGAGUCUGGGGUCCUGAACCUUAAUAGAUGUUGCCUUGUGUAUCCACGUUACUGUCUGCUCCCACACUGUCCAUUCUUAGGGGGUUUGUUUGUGCAUGGAAAAUGGUUUUAAACCAUUGCACAAGUCAUUUCAUAACAAUUCACCAAUGUAAAAAAUGUUUUACUUCAAAAUACAUGUAAAAAUUAUUUCAAGCUGUCAUGCAUUUUCAUCCUUACAUUCAAUUCAGCAGUGAAGAUUUAAAGCCUCUGAACACCCACACAAGUGUCUUCAGUUAUUCUGGCUGAUUAGACCUCUGCUCGGGUUGAAGGUGGGCCAGGAAAUUUGAUAAGUCACAAAUCUCCAUCUGCCCUAACAGGUUCAACAAAGCUAAGAAGAGACUCAGGAGACUCAGGAAGAUCUCUCAAUUAGUCUAUACACAGUUGCCAGGUUAACUGAAAACACCUGUGUGGGUGUAAAUAGACUUUAAGUCAAUAUGCACUGUUACUGAAGUUGAUAUACUUUAUCAUCUGUAUGUUUUGUUCAUUCACUGGAUCAAACUUUCUGUUACUGUGAACAUUUCAGCGAUACACAGAAUUCAUUGUUCAAGACAUGCCGCUACAUGUGUCAGUUCAGGUGUCAUAUAAAGCUCCCAAUAUCACUCAUACAAUCUCUCCACUGAACAGAUUCAUCAUUGAUAAAUGAAACUAUUUCAUUGCAGUCCAGGCUGACUGUGUUGAUGAGGUUGUAAUCUAAUUGUUAGAUUUAAUUUAAUCCAUUUACAAACUUGAGCAGAGAUGCCGAACUCUUUGGAUCAGUGGACGGUGCCACUGCAUUGUCUGAGUGUGCAUGAAACUACUUAAAGCAAACCUUAUGCCUGAACCUGUUCAUUACUGAUACAGAAAUGCACAUAAUACAGUACUAUAUAUAUAUAUAUAUAUAUACCAGAGAACACUGCUGACAGAUACCAAGGGCAAAUGCAAAUUUGGGGAUUCACUUUGUGUUCUGUGUGUGUUUAGAGAGAGAGAGGGAGAUUAAACGGGGCUGAAAAGAAUACAAUAAAAGCAAAUAUUAUAAGAGAAAAACAAAGGAAAAAAGGGUGAUCUCCCGGUAAUGUCUAUCUCUCUCCCUACAUUGUUCAUCUAACUUCGUGAGAGUUCGCUGGCACGGUUCCACUUGGAGACAAACAAUCCUUCCCAGCAGCAGCAACCCCGGACAUUUGGCUCUGCUAUUUUGGAGCUAUUCCACUUCUCCCACAAGGGCAAAGUAGUUUGUGAAGCAAAAGUUUAACUCCUCCACCCACUCGAUACUCAGGUGCUCACAUAGACUAUCAGGCGGAAAUAUAUGCACACGCCGCGCUGGUCAAGAAUGUGUGGCAGUCUCUGUAAUGAGGCUGCUUGAGAUUGCUCAGCUACCCACCAUUACAUUACAUUACCACAGCAGGUCAGGAGAGAUUUGGAGGCAGACAGAGUAAGUGGAACUGAGGUGAGGUGCUGUAACCAGAGGCACUCAAACUCAAAAGUCUGAUAAGUGUUUCACAGCCUUUGCACUGGUCCUUAGCACAAAAAAGUGGUGAAAUAGGGAAGUGGUGAAAGGACGGUUGAUAGUGCAGCCAUGGCACUUUUUACACUUUCUUGGAAUUCAAUAUACAAAAUCAGACUCUUGUACACCUUGAGGCAAAAAAAGCCUCAGUGAAACAGAUGGUAUGCUGGAUUAGAAUUGGAAAUAAGGUACCAACAAACUAGCUAGGGUUCAAACACGGGUGAUUUAAAAAGCAGCAAAUGUUUGUCAUUUGUGCAUUACUGUUUGUUCUAACACUUGCUAAUUUACUUUGCUGUAUUCUGAAAUUCAGCCAAAAAAGUGAAUUUGACAUUGAUCUCAACAAACAGAUUUGUUCACUGAGGCUCUUUUUGAUAGACGGCGAGUAGAUUCAUCUGUGUUCAAACAUCAACAAACAUAUCAUUGGACUAAUCUGCAUUAUGUUGGCUUUUAAUGAUUUCUAAAACUGUCCUUCAAUGCACUUGAAAGGUGGGUGAAUACUUUUGAUUAAGUACACCUAACCACAAUGUACAAUACUGCGGCUUUACUUGUAUAGCGGUAUUAGAUUUUUGUUUGUCAAACUACUCUUGUUAAUAUUUAUUGCACAACUUCACAAGUAAAUGCUGGAUUUAUAAAUAAAUAUGAAUGCUGUUGAUACAUA